AUGGAGCGGUUCUACCCCAGAGCAUCUACAGCUCAGAGUUCAACAAAAAUAGGUUUUACCUUUGUGAAAGAGUUCCUAGCCAAAGCCAAAGAAGACUUUUUAAGAAAAUGGGAAAGCCCACCUCAGAAUACUGCUGGCCUAGAUGAUUUUGAGAGGCAAAAAACCCUUGGAACAGGAUCGUUCGGGAGAGUUAUGAUGGUGAAACAUAAAUCCACAGAACAGUAUUAUGCUAUGAAGAUACUGGACAAACAGAAGGUCGUCAAACUGAAGCAAAUAGAACACACACUGAACGAGAAGAGAAUAUUGCAAGCGGUGAACUUUCCUUUCCUUGUAAAACUGGAGUAUUCUUUUAAGGACAAUUCUAAUUUAUACAUGGUAAUGGAGUAUGUUCCUGGUGGUGAAAUGUUUUCACAUCUAAGAAGAAUCGGAAGGUUCAGUGAACCACAUGCACGGUUUUAUGCAGCUCAGAUAGUGCUAACAUUUGAGUACCUCCAUUCAUUAGACCUCAUCUACAGAGAUCUAAAGCCUGAAAAUCUUUUAAUUGAUCAGCAAGGAUACAUCCAGGUCACGGACUUCGGCUUUGCAAAAAGAGUAAAAGGAAGAACUUGGACGUUAUGUGGCACUCCAGAAUACCUGGCACCUGAAAUAAUUCUCAGCAAGGGUUACAACAAGGCCGUGGACUGGUGGGCGUUAGGAGUGUUAAUCUAUGAAAUGGCAGCUGGAUAUCCCCCAUUCUUUGCAGAUCAGCCCAUUCAGAUUUAUGAGAAGAUUGUGUCUGGCAAGGUAAGGUUCCCAUCACACUUCAGUUCAGACCUAAAGGAUCUUCUAAGAAAUUUACUCCAGGUAGAUUUGACCAAACGAUAUGGAAAUCUCAAGAAUGGUGUAAAUGACAUAAAGAAUCACAAGUGGUUUGCCACUACAGAUUGGAUUGCCAUUUAUCAGAGGAAGGUAGAAGCUCCGUUCAUACCAAAGUGCAGGGGCCCUGGAGAUACCAGCAACUUUGAUGACUAUGAAGAAGAAGAUAUUCGUGCGUCUCUAACAGAAAAAUGUGCAAAAGAAUUUGCUGAUUUUUAGUAGGAGUAAGAGGACAAGAUGACAUCAGGGCUCACAUUGGGAUCUUUGCACUCUGUUAACAGAUGAGGUGGAGCUGAGACCAUCAUAUGUCAAACAGUUACCUAGUUACUUCAUUCCACAAAGCUGACUGAGGUCUUUAUUGCCAUCUUCCAUGUGUGCGGUUUGCACCAACCCUUCUAACUAGGCACAAUUAAGCAAGCACUGUUUGUGCAGUAACACAGAAUAAUAGACCACUUUCCUACUUAACUUUGGUUUCUGUCGUUCUUUGUUUCUGUGUAUUGUUCAUUUCCCCCCUUUAAAAUGAAGUAGUUUUUUACCCAAGAAUGCUCCAUUUUAUUUUGAAUAAUGUAUUAUUUGUGUGAGUGAAAUGGAAGGUGUUGCGGCUAGUGUGAUUUAGACUGAAGUGAAAGAUAAAUGUUGCUUCUAGUCUGUGCCAGCCAAUAAUUCUUGUCUGUCUUGUGUCUGAUGCUACGAUUUAUAAUAUUUUUUUAGUAGCUCAGACUAAACCUAGCCAACAUUUUUAGCAUUUUUGAAGGUAGUAUUUAUCGCCAUAUAAAUGUCUGCUAAAUUAACUUAAAAACAUUUCUUCCUGGAGACUGACCAAAAUUCAGUAGAAUCAAUUGGAUGGCUUAAGUAGGGGACAGUAGCUAGACCCCGUGCCUUGGUUUUCUACAUCCCUGCGGUUUUCGUCACUGCCUCCUUCCUGUGUGUUUCCCACCGAGGCAGCAGGUAAAUUGCCGUAACCAGACUGUACCAUGGGAAGCUUACAGUCUCUGAGGAGGAGGAGUUCCACCUGGUCUGGAUUUUGGACCAUAUUUAACCAAGUCAACUUACCAACAUUUCAGUUGGCAGGUAUGAAACGGCUUUUUUAAGAACACGAACCCUAAACUCUUAGCGGAAGUUUUGGUCAGUAUUGUAGAGAAUAAGAUUCAUUUUGAUUCACUUUUUUUUUUCUUUCUUUCUUUUAAAAAAAAGCGCCAGUGUUUGG